AUGGCAUCUGGGGUACAGUCGACGCCGUCCGCAGAUGUUCUCGAUCGAAAAAUGAUCAAUGAGGUAGACCAAUGGAUUGAACAGCUUUACGAAUGCAAGCAACUUAGUGAAAAUCAAGUCAAAACGUUAUGUGAAAAGGUAGCAAAAGAAAUUAUCGAAAAAGAAUCGAACGUACAAGAAGUGCGGUGCCCAGUAACCGUUUGUGGAGAUGUUCACGGGCAAUUCCAUGACCUGAUGGAAUUAUUCAAAAUGGGUGGUAAAAGCCCUGAUACAAACUAUCUUUUCAUGGGUGACUAUGUCGAUCGUGGUUACUACUCUGUUGAAACUGUUAGCUUACUUGUUUGCUUAAAGAUCAGGUAUAAGGAGAGGGUCACUAUUCUUCGUGGUAAUCACGAAUCUCGGCAAAUUACUCAGGUUUACGGGUUUUAUGAUGAGUGCCUACGCAAGUACGGUAAUUCAAACGUGUGGAAGUACUUCACUGAUCUGUUCGAUUGUUUCCCACUCACAGCGCUCGUUGAUGGUCAAAUAUUUUGCCUACAUGGUGGGCUGUCUCCGUCCAUCGACACGCUUGAUCACAUCAGAGCCCUGGAUCGCAUUCAAGAGGUACCUCACGAAGGACCAAUGUGUGAUCUCCUCUGGUCUGACCCCGAUGAUCGUGGAGGCUGGGGAAUUUCACCUCGUGGUGCUGGGUAUACUUUUGGCCAAGAUAUCUCUGAGACCUUCAACCAUUCAAAUGGACUCACCCUCAUAUCUCGUGCUCAUCAACUUGUUAUGGAGGGCUACAACUGGUGCCAUGAUCGCAAUGUAGUGACAGUGUUUUCCGCUCCUAAUUACUGCUAUCGAUGCGGAAACCAAGCAGCCAUGGUGGAAUUGGAUGAUGAAUUAAAGUACUCGUUUUUGCAAUUCGAUCCUGCUCCGAGGCGCGGAGAACCUCAUGUCACGCGAAGAACCCCAGACUACUUCCUAUAG